CUCCAUAAACCAACACUCAUAUUCCUUCCUGUUUUUAAGUAUGAGAAGAUCCAAGAGCUCACAGGGAUGUCUGGGGCUGCAGUUCCUGCUCCAGACUAUCUCUUUGAAGUUGUGUAUUGUGAUCAAAUGAAUACCAAGUUUGCUGAGACCAAGGGAGAGCGGGACCUCAUCUAUGCCUUCCAUGGGAGCCGCCUGGAGAACUUCCAUUCCAUCCUGCACAACGGCCUGCACUGCCAUCUGAACAGGACGUCCCUGUUUGGUGAAGGCACCUAUCUGACCAGUGACCUGAGCCUGGCUCUGCUCUACAGCCCUCACGGUCUUGGCUGGCAGCGAAGCGCACUGGGCUCUGUCCUCAGCUGUGUGGCUGUUUGUGAGAUCAUUGACCACCCAGAUGUGAAGUGCCAGGUGAAAAAGAAAGAUUCAGAAGAAAUAGACAGAAAAAGAGCAAGAGUGAAGAACAGCGAAGGGGGGGAUGUACCACAGAAAUACUUUGUUGUCACAAACAACCAGCUUUUACGAGUUAAAUACUUGCUAGUAUAUUCACAGAAACAGCAUAGGAGGCCUUCUAGUCAGUCUUCCUGGUUCUACACCCACCGUUUUGCCAUAAUGAUGAUGCUGUACCUGCUGUUGUUGAUAGUGAUUGGGGCCAGCAACUCGCCAACCUUCAUCUACUACUGGCACAGAAUGUUUGACUCGGAGAGAUGAAUCACCCGAGAUAAUAAACUGUUAUUUUCACCAUGUGCCUUAAGAAUAGCUGAUCUGCAAUGCACUGCAUCUGUUCCAGAGCUCUGGAAAUCGAGGUGCCUGGAGCUUUCCAGUUCUGUCACCCAUGUAUUAAAUCCUCAUGGCAUCUCUUCAUUUAUUCUUAUUUCUGUGUUCCUCUGAUUCAUGAGGAUGCCUGGUACAGCUGAAAAGGAUCAUAGUGGUGCAACCUAGCAUGAACCAAUUGUUAAGGGUCCAUGGGAAAAAAGGGUAUUUAAGAUUAAUAAAAACAGUGUGGAAACACUCAGGUGUAACUUAUUUUCUGUCAAGCUGAGGUAUUUUUGCACAACUGGGAAAGGAGAAGUUUUCUGUAUGUCAGGCAAAGCAACCUGUUAGGAGUCUUAUCAGUAUGUCUUCAGAAACUGAAUUUAGUGUUUAGCAUGUAUCCAUGCAGAUGGGAUCACUUUUAAAACUAACUUUGGCCAGGAACUUUUAUAUUUGAGCAUAAUGAUUGUAAGAAAACAAAACCAAUAAACCAACAAGAAAUAAAACAACUGCCAAAAUGGAAGAAGUUAAA